UUCUGUAGCACAACUACGAAACAAAAAAUAAUAAUUAAUUUAUACCCAAUAUAAAUCAGAAUAACAAUUUCAAAUAUUGUAGAGAAUAACGAUUAAAUAAAAAUGUUCCGAAGUAGACAUCAGAAAGGUUGUUUUUCUGUGUUUUACAGCUUGGGUAGCAGUCCGUUACAAUUUUGGUCUACGCAUAUCCAAAACGGUUAUGUUAAAAGGGUUGUAGAUGAGGAUGUUAAAUCUAUCGUGAUGGAGAUUAUGGGUUCAAAUGUAUCAACCACAUAUAUAACGGGGCCCCGAGAUCCCAAAAUGUCCUUUGGUAUCAAACUACCAUUUUUAGUAUUGCUCAUAAAGAAUCUACAUAAAUAUUUUACAUUUGAGGUUAAAAUUUUAGAUGAUCAACGGUUUAUGCGUCGUUUUCGGGUUUCGAAUUUUCAAAGCAAAACAUCUGUAAAGCCCUUUUGCACGGCUAUGCCAAUGGGUAUGUCUCCGGGUUGGAAUCAAAUUCAUUUCAACUUAGCGGACUUCACACGCCGUGCCUAUGGCACCAACUACAUGGAAACCGUUCGUCUACAAAUACAUGCCAAUGUACGCAUAAGGCGCAUAUAUUUUACUGAUCGCUUAUAUUCGGAAGAAGAUCUACCGAAUGAGUUUCGUUUGGUUUCGAAACCAGCUGAAAAGAAGAAGCAACGUGAUUACACAAUUCCCGCAGCACGCCCUCCAUCCCCGGCGAAAUCAGCGGCUACAACUGAGCGACUCGGUUCUCCUACUGGCGAGCCUUCAGUCGCUGAACCUUCAGAAGUACCUACUGAAAUGGAUAUUGAAAAAUAUUACUAA